AUGACUCCUGACAAAAACUACACACCUGUAUACAUAUUCGACAUCCGCAAGCUGUCUACUCCAGAGUUUCGUGUCCCUGCAAGAUCUUCUCGUCUCACAGCGAUGAACUUCUCUAGCCAAGGAAUUUUGCACAUUGGCUACUUGGACGGAGGAAUUGCUAUUGCAAAGCCAGAUAAAUGCGUGAAACAAUGGAAAAUAAACAACUGGAACCACACAGAAAUAAAGUUGAUUGUAUCGACUAAGGACAAUAAGCCCAUCGUACAUCAGGAAAGCAGCAUCACCUUGUUCAAAGGAGUCACGAGCCUGGACUCAGAGUUCGUUCCGAAACGAAGUGCCACACUGUUUUAUGAUUCAAAAAGAUAUUGGUAUGGAUGUCUUUUUGAAGGUAAAUUGGAUGAAUCCCCAUUCAUUGCGAUUCGUGGGCCAAGAGACAGAAACUCGUCAAAGAUACAGUUUGUCCGACAUUCCAAAAACUUCAAGGACGAGGCAGCCAUAUACGAAAAUGGUCUUGCCACUUCCGUUAUUUUCGAGACCUGGAAGAACAAAGUGAAGAACAAAAACGGAUGUAGUGUCUAUAAAUAUAUUUCAUAUUAUUAUAUUAUUAUAUUAAUAUAUUUUAUAACAUGUAUAGAACAAAAAUAA